AUGCUGAAGGGCAUCACUCUGGAGAACGGCGGUGUGACGCUCUCCCUGCACGCUGCGGGCCCUGGCCUGGCGGAGCUGCGUGUGGGCGCGGAAGUCCGCGGGCCCGGAGCAGGGGCCGGCGGGGCUUGGCCCAGCCUGGACGGGGGCAGUGCCUUCCGACAACAGGUUGCUGCCGGUUCCAGCCGGCUCCGCUUCGAGAACUGCCGGCCCCUGCGGAGAGAGAGGAUCUGGCCACUGGUGGCGGUGCUUCGGCCGGGCGCAUGUUCUGGAUCUGCAGUGCUGAAUCCUCCAGAUGGCACAGUAAUGGUCUUUUGCAGCUUGCAGGACAAGGGCCUCAACAUUGAGAAGCAAGUCAUCGCGUGGGGUGGCGACGGAGCAGCCUUUGAAGUUAAGGACUUGUUCGGCAUUCAGGAAGUGCAUCGCCCUGAUGGCUCUGGAGAUGGACAGUCGAACAAGAAUUGCGUUGUGUGCCUGACGGAGGCCAGGAACACCGCUCUGCUUCCUUGCAGCCACUUCUGCGUUUGCCAUCAAUGCGCCUUGACCCUGCGCAUGACACCUGGCCGUAACCGCUGCCCGCUUUGCCGACAGGAGGUCCGUGACCUGCUCCGUCUGGACUUGGCGGACGAAGCGCCAGAAGAGGUCGCAGUCAAGGAUGCCGCAAAUGAGACGGAGCCACCCAAGGCUGCUCUUAGUGCAGAUCGGCCCGAGCCUGAUGCAGCUCAGCUUUCACAGGCGACACCGGCUUCAGGACUCCCGGCUAGAUGCCUGAAAAGGCUGUCUCGCGAGCUGGCGCAAACGGAAGCGCGCAAGGAAGAGCUGCUGCGAGAGCAUGGGCUGGAGCUGUCUCUUUGUGAUCCAGAUGGGGGCGACCUGCGGAUUUGGUCCCUGCGCCUGCUUACGCAAGGUGUUGAUACUGGAUGCGAGUUCGGACGUCAGCUACGGCGCUGGAACAUCGAUGCGGUAGAGCUGGAGAUCUGGAUUCCGGAUGCUUUCCCGACUUCGCCGCCGAAAGUACGGGUCCUGAAGCCUUACUUCGACUCAGGAAGCUUUCGUGUUCAUUCCUAUGGGGCCCUCUGCAUGGAGGUGCUGUCGAGCCAGGGUUGGUCGCCCGGGCUGACGUUGGCCCAGCUCGGUGUUCAGAUCAAGGACAUCAUGCUGCAAGGCUCGGGCCGCAUCAGUGGAACAGGGACCAUGGCCGACCCUGGUGCCGCAGGACGCCGCCGUGCGAUGGACAUAGCCGAUCGGAUCGAGGUGGAGCUCUUCUCCUUCCUUAGCGACAAGGAUCUCUUCGCAGAGAUCUACAGGAACCAGCUUUCGAAGCGACUGCUCUACGAGACCUCCGCCUCGGAGGAUGCAGAAAAGAGCAUGAUUGCUAAACUCAAGAUGAAGUGCGGUGCGCAGUUCACGUCCAAGCUUGAAGGCAUGCUGACGGAUUUGUCUCUCGCCUUGGACACCCAGAAGGAUUUCAAGGACCACUGUGAGCAGCUUCCCGAGGGCAAGGCUGCCCUUGGUGGCAUCGAGUUCAACGUCACAGUGCUGACGACAGGCUUUUGGCCAUCUUACCAGGUGCAGGAGGCCAGCCUUUGUCCAGAAAUGCAGAAGGCCAUCAAUGUCUUCAGCAACUACUACAACGGGAAGACGCAGCAUCGGCGGCUGCAGUGGAUCCAUUCUCUGGGCCAGGCCACGAUUGCAGCCAAGUUGAACGGUCGGAGGCAUGACUUGAUCGUCAACUCGUAUCAGGCGCUUAUCCUGCUGCUUUUCACCAGAGACGAGAGCCACAACCUUUCCUUCAUCCAGAAUUCGACGGGUUUGGAGCCAAGCAUGUGCAAGAAGCUCCUGGCCACCUUGUCGAUUGCCAAGUUCAAGAUUUUAAGUAAGACUGGCGACGGCAAGACGAUCGAGGAUGAUGCCAGCUUUACUCCCAAUGAUUCCUUCCAGUGUCCGCACAGAAAGAUCAAGGUACCUCCUCCAAUAACUGAAGAGACGCACAACAAGGAGCGCGUCGAGGAGGAUCGUUCUAUUGCCAUCGAGGCGGCCAUUGUACGCAUAAUGAAGAUGAGGAAGACGCUGAACCACCAGCAGCUCGUGACAGAGGUGCUUACGCAGCUUGCCUUCUUCAAGCCAAACCCAAAGCUUGUCAAGCAGCGCAUUGAGCAUCUCAUUGAGCGUGAGUACCUGGAGAGAGACAAGAACCAGGCAUCCAUCUACCGUCAUGAGCCCAUGGACUCCUGGGAAGAAGAGGUGGCAUUUUCUCCUGCUGGCGGCCACGCCGCUUUCAAGGUGAAAAUAUGCGAAUUGCCCAUGGCGGAUGGGGUCCAUGCCUCCACCGGCUGCCAGCUGUGGUCGUCGAGCAUCGUGCUGGCACGGGAGCUCAUGGCGAGGCCUCAGAUUGUCGAGAAGAGGAGAGUGCUGGAGGUUGGAGCCGGCUGCGGCCUUCUUGGUCUCGCUGUUUCGCGACUGGCCAGGCAAACGCUCAUCACCGAUGGGGAUGAGGAGGUCGUGCGCAACUUGGCCCGCAACAUCGACUUGAACAGAUCCCUUUGGUCCGAUGACUCCAGCUUGGGCGAUGUCACUUCGCGAGUCCUUCGGUGGGAGGAACUGUUGGACGAUCCGUGGCCGUGCGAGGACCAUGUGGAGGUGAUCGUGGCCUCCGACAUCAUCUACGGGAACUGGGGCGACACCGUCGGGGAGGCUCUCUGCCGCGUGCUGGAGCCCGAUGGUGUUAUCAUUCUCGCAGCAUCCGAGGACCGGCGUGGUGGCAUGCGCUGCUUCCAGGACCACAUGAAGACAAAGGGCUUCGGAGUGCUGGUAGGAGAUUUUGGUCCUUCGCCGGCUUCAGGUGUUUCAGAACUCCACCUUUUGUUACGGCCAGCCAUUUUGGAAACAGCCGAGCUCUCUCGCCCUCUUCCCUUCCGCGCCGCUCCUUCGCUGCAUUUCGCCAUGUCCGUGUCCGCAGAGGAGGUUGCCAAGCACAACAAGGACAGCGACUGCUGGGUGAUCGUUGGCGAUCAGGUGUUGGACGUGACCGCCUUUCUCUCCGAACAUCCCGGUGGCAAGAAAUCGAUCAUGAUGUUCGCUGGCAAGGACGCCACAGAGGAGUUCGACAUGCUCCACGACCGCAAGGUCAUCAAGAAGUAUGGCCUUGACGAGGGCACCGUCGUGCUGAAGGGCACGAUCAAGAAAUGA